AGCUCUGAGCGCUCGCCUCGCUUUAUCUCCAACGAGAGCUGCGAAACAGAAGAGGACAGAAGCCACUUUGGGAUUGAAGGGAGUCCCUUUCCCAAUGUCCUGGACACAUUAUUACACGAAAGCCACCACCACACAAGAUGCCGAUAAAAUCAAAACCCAUCUUUAUUUUCUUUCGGCUCGAAAAGAUGAUCCAAGGACCGUAGAAACGCUCAUCACCACAUUGGACACCUCAGCAGAUUUAGGACCAUGGAAGGCUUUAAGUCGGCCCGCUUUUUCCGAGCUUCUCUCUCUUGAGUCCCUGCGUCUCCCUGUGUAACUUUGCUUCGGUUUUAUAGCCCGUCACCUCCUCUUGUACAACCUCAUUCCCAAAGGAAACUUUGAGCAAUCUCUCUCCUUCUCUCUCUCUCUCUCUCUCGCAACCAAUAAGCAUGGUUUUGGUGGCAAGCAAAGGGGGUGGUGCCGAUGAAGGGGAGGUGGUCAAUUUUCGAGGGAAGCUGGCGGACAAGACGAAGACCGGAGGAUGGCUCGCUGCCGGUCUAAUCUUAGGAACAGAACUUUCGGAAAGAAUAUGUGUAAUGGGAAUAUCGAUGAACUUGGUGACGUACUUGGUCGGAGAUCUGCAUCUAUCCUCGUCGACAUCGGCCAACAUAGUCACCAAUUUCCUGGGCACUCUCAAUCUUCUCGGUCUUCUUGGUGGUUUCUUGGCCGAUGCUAAGCUUGGACGCUACUUGACGGUUUCCAUUUUCGCCUCCAUAACUGCUGUGGGUGUGAGUAUGUUGACUCUGGCCACCUCCAUUAGUGGCAUGAGACCUCCUCCAUGCGAUGACUACAGGCAACAACACAAUCAGUGCAUUGAGGCUAGUGGCAAGCAACUCGCUCUGCUCUAUGCUGCACUCUACACUAUUGCGCUGGGAGCCGGCGGCAUAAAGUCUAAUGUCUCUGGUUUCGGGUCUGAUCAGUUUGAUGUCUCAGAUCCCAAGGAAGAGAAGGCCAUGAUCUUUUUCUUCAAUAGAUUCUAUUUCGGAAUCAGCAUUGGAUCAUUAUUUGCGGUAAUAGUGCUCGUGUACAUACAAGACAAUGUUGGAAGAGGAUGGGGAUAUGGUAUAUCAGCAGGGACAAUGGUAAUUGCAGUCACCAUAUUACUAAGCGGGACAGCAUUUUAUCGGUUCAGGAAGCCACAAGGAAGCCCUUUAACUGUCAUUUGGAGGGUGUUCUUGUUGGCUUGGAAGAAAAGGACUUACACUUAUCCUUCUGACCCAAGCCUUCUGAAUCAGUUCCAGAAUACCAAGGUCCCCCACACACAGAAAUUCAGGUGCCUUGAUAAGGCGGCAAUCCUAGAUAAGAAUGCCGGUACAAAGGAAAGCAUGAACGACCCAUGGAUAGUUUCAACUGUGACAGAAGUCGAAGAAGUAAAGCUUGUACUGAAGCUAAUGCCUAUCUGGUCCACCUGCAUCCUAUUCUGGACAAUCUAUUCCCAGAUGACUACCUUCACAAUUGAGCAAGCUACGAUUAUGGACAGAAAUAUCGGUUCUUUUGUCAUCCCUGCUGGAACUUACUCUGCAUUCCUCUUCAUAUCGAUUCUCCUCUUUACUUCUCUAAAUGAGAGGUUCAUUGUCCCUGUGGCUCGAAGGCUCACCCGCACAGCGCAAGGACUUACAAGUCUGCAGAGAAUUGGGAUGGGACUUAUUCUGUCAAUGGUUGCAAUGGUGGCGGCAGCUAUUGUUGAAAGGGAGAGGAGGAAAAUCGCCGUUCAAGACAGUAAAAAGAUAAGUGCUUUUUGGUUAGUCCCACAGUUCUUCUUAGUGGGUGCCGGGGAAGCUUUUGUCUAUGUCGGCCAACUCGAGUUCUUCAUUAGAGAAGCACCGGAACGGAUGAAGUCCAUGAGCACAGGGCUUUUCUUAAGUGCCAUCUCGAUGGGAUUCUUCCUGAGCAGCUUGUUGGUGUCCCUUGUAGACAAAGUAACACAUGAUAGCUGGCUCAAAAGCGAUUUGAAUCAAGGGAAGUUAAACAACUUCUACUGGAUGCUCGCAGGCCUAGCAGUGCUAAAUUUCCUGGUUUUUUUGGUCUUCUCGAUGAGGCACCAGUACAAAGUCCAGAAUUAUGGCAGAGACGACAACGAUGACGAAGACGAACUCAAGGCUUCAAAAGAGAUGAAUGGCGACAGGAAGGAAAAUGGGCUAAUUGCAGAAGAGAAAGGAGAACUUCAAUUUGUGUGAUCUUCGGGGUUGACGGGAUUCGUUUCUCCCAUUACACCUCACUUUCCAAAACUUGGAGGAAUAUCAAGAUUCAGAUGGUUUGAUCUACUUGUAUUAGUAGGAGCAUUUGAAUUUUCCUAGCUCAGGCCAUUAGGUCGACGGCGAAAGAUUAUGCAUCAAGAAAUGUCCCGUAAGUAUCGCGUAUCUUUGUAAUCGAGCAUUUAGAAUUUACAAAACUUCGCUGCAGUGUGGAUCUCUUGAAUCUAUAGUUUUACAUUAGAGCACCGAUUUAGGUCAAUAUCUUGAAUCUCCAUGACAAACCUUCCGUGCUCUCAUAAGAAGUGCCAGUCAUGCUUUGUAAAAGAAGGUCACAAAUUAGUGUACCAAAAGCCACAUCAGAAGUGAGGAGCUAGAAGAAAGUCACAAAGCUUUGUACA